GAAGGAUCUGGAACCCUUUACGACACUGUUGACAACUGAAGCGUCCUCCGCCGAGUGUCGGCCGUUUAUGUUUAAGUUAUGACUUAGUUUUUCCUACAGAAAAGCGUCGUUAAAUGAACGUUUUCGAUUUGUUUCGUGGAUUCUUCGCGGUACCCGGAGGUCGUCAUCAUGGCCAAAGGGACCCCUUCUUCGAUGCAAUGACUCAUGAUGAAGAUGAAGACGACGAUGAGGAAGAUGGAUUCUCCUGUGAUGAGUUCCGCGGGGAACAGCAGGACCCUUUUGACCGCGCCUUGAGGUUUGGCUUCAGCAUUGGCCCCGAUGGGAUGAGGAUGCAGGAGCCGCCAGUGUUUGGCCAAGUCCUCCGGGACAUGGAGGAGAUCUUCUCCCAGCUGGGCCGCUGGGAUGGACCGCCACAGUCCGGACACUGGGAUGUUCCCACCAUCGGGCCCCCACCACCACCACCUCAGGGCCGAGCAGAGAGGGGUGGAUGGGGAUCCGGUGCGAACCCCCUCAGGGACUUUAUGCUCAAGUCUCCUUACGACAACCCACAAGGACCCCAGGCGGCGCCAUCCAGGGAGCCCGGAAGUGAUCGCCACCCAUCUUAUGAGUCACCAGACUUCCCCAGCUCGCAAUUCCGUGGCUGGAGCCCCUUUUCAAAGUUUAAUGACAUCCGGAAACGAGGGCCUCAAACAUCCUCUGAGGAUGAGCGCAAAGAAGACCGAGAUCUGGACUCGGCAGUGUCCUCUCGGGGCCUGGAUCAGAUUCUGACUCCACCUGCUGGUCAGCACCCGAACCAACCCAGAGCCCGCUCCUUCUUCCAGUCAGUCGUAGUCACCAAGGUGUUGAAACCUGACGGGUCUGUGGAGGAGCGGCGAACAGUUAGAGACAGCAAAGGCAAUGAAGAGACCACGGUGACCCGCUCAGGAGGUUCUGGUGCUCAAGAGGCGCUGGACCGCCACAACGCGCCUGCCGUGUCAGGUGAUCAAAAUCCCUUCUCAGACAUGCGGGAUGAUGGCUCCUUGUUCUCUAAGUUCUUUGGAGGGUUUAGAUAACGUAAUGCAGAACGGAGGACUGGUGGACCACAGCUUUUGUGCCCUGGAAACAUUUCAGUCAAUGAGUGAUUUCCCCCAAAGCGGUGUGAUUUUGCAUAUGUAUAGAUUAUAUCUGUAUAUGAACAGAACACUUCCACGACCUUCUUUUGCCAAAAUGAGCGUGUUUGAUGGAUUCUGAACGUGUGGCCUGUUUAACGUCGCGCAGGCUGGAGGUCACCGGUCACACAAACUGGCAGUAAACCAUUCACAAUUACAUAUUUUGUUUUGAAAAUUGUCCUGUUGUAGCUUAAGCGUAUGUCAAAUAAUCGUAAUAUAUUCACGCAGUUUUCAUUUGCCUGUUUUACGUUUAGUCAAGUUCGGGAACCCAGUUAAAAAUAAGACCGUAACUUGUAAACCAGCUCUGGUCUGAUUGGACGAUCCGGAGUGCAGGUUGAGGGACAUUCAUGCGGGUCACAAUCCCCCCAAGCGAUGAAUUUGUGUGCUUCCGAUGCAGAAAGAAUUUUGACUUAUUUUCGAUGAAAAUGAAGUAAUAAAAGCUCUUUCAUGUGUGAUAUAUCAAAA